UUGUUUCUCCGCUCUCACCCGACCUUUAGAGUUCAACGUUCAAACCCUCGCCAUUCUCAGUAUCUAUCAAGCCAUGGCCCGUGUAUCGUUCCAACCGACCUCGCCAACUCGUUUUGCCAGCACGCUGGCCAAACAAUGGGGUCCAACGCUAGGCAUAUGGGGCGUAGGUGCCGGCGCCGCUGCUCUCUUUUUGCUGUCUGUUACCCCGGUUGUGAAAAAGGGUCUUCUCGUAAAUGUUCCGCUGCUUGGGAAUCACUACGAGGACAAAACACCUGCUUCGGACAAGCCGUUCUAAACAGUCCGCAAUUAUAGACACAUACCGCCCUUUGGGAUACCAGUAUUUCGUUUAAUGUAGAAUGCGGCCAUCCAGAAUAUACA